GUCCUUGAUUUGGGAGUUGGUGAGCUUACUACUCUUAGUGUGAGCUGCAGUUGGUGCUCAUCUCAACUAGCUGCCGCAAUUAUCCAAAAUGGCGGCACCGUCGGAUCACAAGGCUACCAUAAUCGAUGGUAAGGCUAUCGCGCAGACAAUCCGAUCUGAAAUCGCCGACGAAGUUCGUCAACUCUCCGAGAAAUACGGCAAGGUUCCAGGACUGGCUGUUGUGAUUGUAGGCAACAGAAAGGAUUCUCAAAGCUAUGUAAGUAUGAAAAGAAAGGCAUGUGCUGAAGUUGGGAUAAAGUCUUUCGACAUUAACCUCCCAGAACAAGUUUCUGAAGCCGAGCUGAUCAGCAAGGUCCACGAGUUAAAUGCAAAUACCGAUGUUCAUGGAAUUUUGGUUCAGCUUCCGUUGCCAAAGCACAUUAAUGAAGAGAAAGUCUUGAGUGAAAUCAGUAUUGAGAAGGACGUGGAUGGUUUUCAUCCUCUAAACAUUGGCAAGCUUGCUAUGAAAGGCAGAGAACCUCUUUUCCUUCCCUGUACCCCUAAGGGCUGUUUAGAACUUCUAUCAAGAAGUGGUAUAAGUAUAAAGGGAAAGAAGGCAGUUGUUGUAGGCCGUAGCAACAUAGUUGGAUUGCCAGUGUCACUGCUGCUUCUGAAAGCAGAUGCCACUGUUAGCAUAGUCCAUUCUCGUACUGAAGAUCCAGAAAGGAUCAUUUGCGAAGCCGAUAUCAUUAUUGCAGCAGCAGGGCAACCGAUGAUGAUCAAGGGCAGCUGGAUCAAACCAGGUGCUGCAGUUAUUGAUGUUGGGACAAAUGCUGUUGAUGACCCAAGUAAGAAGUCUGGUUACAGGCUAGUGGGAGAUGUAGAUUACAAGGAAGCAUGUAAUGUAGCUGGAUGGAUUACUCCUGUUCCAGGUGGUGUAGGUCCCAUGACUGUUGCAAUGCUACUUAAGAACACUUUGGAUGGUGCGAAGCGUGAAUUUAUGCAGUAAUCCCCCAUAUAUUUUUACCCUUUUCCUCAUAAAGAAGCCAUGUCUCCUGUUAUCACUUCCUAAUUGGGUCUUUGCACAAUCUGACCCUUCAUAUUUGGUGUUUUAAGACAACAUACGAGUUAAAAUUUGUUAGAUAAUCUUGCUAUAAUAAUAUUUACUUCUAAUUUUGUUGUCA